UCUUUGUCGCUGCAAUUCCGAGGGCCGAGGUGCUGAUAGAAUUUCUCCUCCCUUGGGUUUCUUCGUUCUGCAUCAAUGGGGAAGGGUACGGGAAGUUUUGGUAAGCGGAGGAACAAGACCCAUACUCUCUGUGUGCGGUGCGGCCGCCGCAGCUUCCAUCUUCAGAAGAGUCGUUGUUCAGCUUGUGCUUUCCCUGCUGCUCGCAAGCGCAAGUAUAACUGGAGUGUGAAGGCUAUUAGGAGAAAGACUACUGGAACUGGAAGGAUGAGGUACAUGCGCCAUGUUCCGCGUAGAUUCAAGAGCGGCUUCAGAGAGGGUACUGAAGCUGCACCCAGAAAUAAAGGAUCUGCAGCAUCAGCGUAAGGUAUUGGAAGAAGUUCGACUUAAUUUCAGCACCCAAUUAUAGUUUUCAUUAGGGUUUUUACGCAUCUGAGGAUUAUUUCACAUAAUUUUGUUUCCUAGUUUUGCCAUUUUCAUGAUUUAGUUGAACGCAGUUUCUUUGAAACGUAUUGUUUUGAAUUAUGGACAAAUGACGAAUCAAAUUGUUCGUACUCUGCUACGUAUUAUGCUUUUUACAGCACCUUACAUUUCCCC